CCGACACCUCAGACGGACGGUGACCUGGGAUCAGACAGCGUCUCCGGCGAGCCCGAGACGCGCCCCCAGCCCGCCAUGGCCCGGCUCUUCCGGGCAUCCUGCCUUCUCUCCCUGCUCCUGGCCGGCUUCGUCCCGCCGAGCCGGGGACAGGAGAAGUUGAAGAUGGACUGCCACGCUGGAGCGAGCGGCACCAUCUACGAGUACGGAGCCCUCACCAUCGACGGGGAGGAGUACAUCCCCUUUAAGAAGUAUGCUGGCAAAUACAUCCUCUUUGUCAACGUGGCCAGCUACUGAGGCCUGACAAGCCAGUACAUUGAACUGAAUGCACUACAGGAAGAGCUGGGGCCAUUUGGUCUGGUCAUUCUGGGCUUCCCCUGCAACCAAUUCGGAAAACAGGAACCAGGAGAGAACUCGGAGAUCCUAUCCAGCCUCAAGUAUGUCCGACCAGGUGGGGGCUUCGUUCCGAACUUCCAACUCUUUGAGAAAGGGGAUGUGAACGGGGAGAAAGAGCAGAAGUUCUACACAUUCCUGAAGAACUCCUGUCCUCCCACCUCGGAGCUCCUAGGCUCACCUGGCCGCCUCUUCUGGGAACCCAUGAAGGUCCACGACAUCCGCUGGAACUUUGAGAAGUUCCUGGUGGGGCCAGACGGUAUACCCAUCAUGCGCUGGUACCACCGGACCACGGUCAACACUGUCAAGAUGGACAUCCUGGCCUACAUGCGGCGGCGGGCGGCCCUGGAGGCCAAGGGGAAGUAACUGAGGCCCACCCCAACCUAUGUCCACCGUGCAGGGGCUGGGGAGGACCCUGUGCAGGAAGGAAUCCAUUUCUCCAACCACACCACACUCCCACUCUAGACCCUGUUACACAAAGCCCCAGCCUGACACGAACGUGCGCAUACGAUUUGUGUCUGUACUGCUGUGCACGUGGGUGUCUGCAUUCUAUGCCUAUGGGUGUGUGUGACCGUGUGUGCACACAUGUGAGUGUACAGCCAUAUGUGUUGACCUGCACGAAUAUCCAGGAAUGUGUACUGUCUGUGUGCCCACAGCUGUAUGCCGUGGAGAGUACCAGAGAAUGACUCCCUUUUCUCUCCGGCUCUCUGUUCCAAUGAUACCAAUUCACUUUCAGCUGAGCCCAAAGGAAAAAACCAGCUCUAGAUUCAAUUGUUCUGUUCCUACCUAAACGUCACCCCUUGGCGCCAGCAUCCCCCACUGCCUCUAAACACCAACACUGAAGUGCCUGGAAGCUUCUGGGUCUGCCACACUGCCCAACCUCCCUCCUCUCCUUCCUGAGGGCCCUCCCAAGCCCCCUACCCACCCCACAGUGUUCCCUGAGAGUGGCCAAGGCAGCUGUGAGAGCGAGGACCACGUUCGCCGGGUCAGAGGCGGCAUCUGAAUGAAGGAGGGGCCCGAAGCCCUAGUGGGCGGGCCUCCCUUGAGCCUGUCUGAGGGGCCAGCCCUUAGUGCAUUCAGGCUGAAGCCCCCGGGCAGGGAUGCCACCCCCGCUCCUUCGGAGGACGUGCCCUCUCCCCUCACCCUGACCCACUGGCGUUAGACUCACCCCUGUGUGCCUAGUAAAGGCCUUUCUGCAGCA